AUGGUCGCACGUAUCGGCUUCGUUGCCACUGUCUUCAGUGCCGCAGCAGCUCUCGUCGCUGCGGGGGACGAGUACUUUGAAGGCGACGGCACGAGCUACACGCUCGGUCAAGUGAGCAGCGGCAACUGCAACUUCAUGUCGGCGCUUCCCACCGCUUCGACCAACUACGUGGCCCUGAACCAGGAACAAUGGAACUCGCUGGGCAACUGCGGCCGCUGCAUUGAAGUCUCGUGCAUUGACGACCGAUGUACAGUGAAGAACAAGACGGCGGUCGUGCAGGUGCUCGAUCGAUGUCCAGAGUGCAAACACGGGGCACUGGACCUGUCGCCGACUGUGUACAAGGAGAUCACGGGCUUGGACCCCCACCGCCUCAAGGUGCGCUGGCGGUUCGUCGACUGUCCGAAGCCAGAGAGCGUCCAAGUGUGUCUGAAAGAGGGCAGCAAUCCCAAUUGGGUGGCCAUCCAGCCGACGAACGGCCUCGUGGGGGUGAAGAGCGUCACAGUGAAUGGCGGAACGAUGACGAUGCUCGACGGCGCGUACUACUACGUCUCGACGACACCGAACACGGACCUCUCGGCUGCCAAAGUGGCCAUCACGUCCAUCAAUGGCGACGUCAUCUCGGGCACGUACUCCCUCACGGCCGGUGAGUGUACCAGUACCAACCAGCAGUUUGGCAGUGGGGGUACGUCGUCGUCGAUGGGUUCGAAGACUCCGAUCGUAAAGUCCGAUCGCCCAACCGCUUCUGCGCCAUUGUCUCCGACACCGUCGAAGACGGACGUUGUCGGGUCCGAGUCCGAUACGAGUCAGAACUUCCAAUUGGACAGUAAGACGCAGCAGGACGAGAGCUCUCAGGCGGAAGAUCCGAAGGGCACUUUGCCGUCGACUCCAGUCCCUUCGACCGGACCGGCGACGACCCCUGAGACUGGGCCAGAGGUUCCGGAUGCAACGCCGGCACCAACGGAAGACGUCCCGGAGGCCUCCGAUGCUUCGGGCGCUUCCGACGCUACGAAAAAAAGCGGUGUCGACUUUACCACUGGGCUCACGAAGGUGCCAGAAAAUCCGUCCGGUGAGACGUCAACGAAUGCUGCGCUGCCGGCUUCAACACCUUUGACUGGCCCUGAGACCGUACUGGAGGUUCCGAGUACACCGGAAGCACCAGUGGUUCCCAGUACACCAGAAGCACCAGUGGUUCCCAGUACACCAGAGGCACCAGUGGAAGUCGUUCCGGACGCGUUAGAGGCUACGAAAGCCGAGCUGACGGAUGUGCCGACUCCACCUGGUGGCAAGUCCAAGUGUAGUGUUCGAACUCGUCGUCGUCGCAACUAA